GGGGAUAUGAAACCUUUAACUCGCAAUAUCCUGAGUGCUGUGUGGAUGGAAAACUCAUCUCCCCAGAGAGGACCGAGGCAGAGAGAAACCUUGCCAACCACUGUGAGAAGCAGAGUGCCAACCACAAACCCGCUUAUGACCAGGGUGGUCCAGUCGAAAUCCUGCCUUUUCUCUACCUUGGUAGUGCCUAUCACGCUUCCAAGUGCGAGUUUCUCGCCAACCUGCACAUCACAGCCCUGCUCAACGUCUCCAGGAAGAGCUCAGAGUCCUUCAAGGACCAGUACUGCUACAAGUGGAUCCCAGUGGAGGACAGUCACACAGCAGAUAUCAGUUCUCACUUCCAGGAAGCCAUCGACUUCAUUGAUUAUGUCCGGCGAACAGGGGGCAAGAUCCUAGUGCACUGUGAAGCAGGAAUUUCACGCUCUCCCACCAUCUGCAUGGCUUAUCUCAUGAAGACGAAGAAGCUCCGCCUGGAUGAAGCCUUCGAUUACAUCAAGCAGCGCCGGAGCCUGAUCUCACCAAACUUCGGUUUCAUGGGCCAGUUGCUACAAUAUGAGUCAGAGAUCUUGUCUUCCACUCCCAGCCCCCCUGUCACCUCAUGCAAAAGAGAAGCUGCAUCUUUCUUUGCAGAGGAACUGACAUUAGGCAAAAACUUCGAAGGCUCGUGUUUUGCCUUUCCUACCUCAGUGUUGAGUUCUGUGCCCAUCCACUCUCCUGUCCACCAGCUGAAACUCAGCCCAAUGACAGCAUCUUCAUCCUGCUGGACCAGAGCUGGUGUGGUCCUCUGAUCUGAACUGUGAUCCCCAAUAAGAACAUUUCAUGAACGUGCAAUAGAGAAACUUCAUCGACUUAGUCUGAGAUGGAGUGGUUGUCAUGGGUCAUACUUCCUGUAUGCUGUGACUGUAAG